GGACGUCUGGGCAACUUGUCUAAAAUUUUUUACACAUCCAAGGCAUUUCAUCAUCAAUCAGCAGAGUAGCCUACUAGUAGAAGGGCCGCAAUUCAGUGGUUUCUGGCACAUAUUUUAAUUUGACGAGAUGGACCAGCAAGGCUUAAGUAAGAAGCAAGAAUCUCGGCUACCAAUUACCGACUCCGUGUUCGGUCGCGGGUACCCUGCGCAAGCAGCAUCCAUCGAAUACGCGCCCCCACCACCGCUAUACCACGCAAGACGAGCGCCCCUCACACUCGCGCACCGGAGGUUCCUCACUUCGCAUUCGCCGCCGAGAUGCGUCUCCUACGUCACCAUGAGUAGCCCCGGUGUCUACACCCCCCCCGUUGUUCCACACCGGCCGGGCAGCUGGCCGCUUUCUUGUGGCCAAACCGAGCACUCCUCCAACUGCCACUGCUCCGCCAAUGCGAGGCUGUACAGGCAACCCUCCCACUUACCCGUAUUUGCUGUCGGUGCCAGUCUGCAGCAGCUGAGUGAAAUGCUGGGUCUGUGUCGGGAGCCCCACUUCCGGGGGGGUGCGGAUUUCCUUGACUUGUUGGUUUCAGUGGCCUGCCUGGAGCGAUCUGGCGGCAUCCUCCGCCUCAACUCCGAGCGCUCCUUCCCGAUGUUCAGCCAUCUGGUCCACGCAUUGCAACACGGGGAGAUGCCCCCGGAUGCCUUCCAACGCAUCACCGACAUCCACACCACCUUCAACUCCGACGUCGCGGCAGCGGAGUUCUUCGCGGAGGGCAUGACAGGAGCCAGCCUCGGCAACUUCCAGUUGUUGGCGGAGCGGUUUCCCUUCUCCCGCUUCACGAGUGUGGGCGACCUGGGGGGUUCCGCAGGCUGCCUGGCGUGCUGUGUGGCUUCCCGCCACGCGCACCUCACCGCCACCACGUACGACCUGCCUCCCGUACAUGCGGCGGCGGAGAGAUACGUCCGGGGUUUCACCCUCCGGGGGCAGGCGGCCGCGGGUGGUGGCGGCGGCGGUGACGGUGGUGCUGGUGCUGGGGAUGGGGAUGGUUUGGAUCUUCAGCGGCGAGUGCAGGUCCGGGACUAUGAUUUCUUCUCCCCCGAUCCCAUACCUGCCGGUCAUGACGUACUGACGUACGGCAUGGUACUGCACGACUGGGGUAUCGACAAGAAGCUGCUGCUGAUGCGGAAGGCAAGUCGGGCCUUCGAAUCCCUCCCUCCGGGGGGAGCCCUCAUCGCCAUAGACCACCUGAUAGAUGACAACCGUACGAACAGUGCCGUACAGCUAGGCAUGAGCCUCACCAUGCUCCUAGAGUUCGGGCGGGAGAACGCGUUUGACUACUCGUUCAAGGAGUUCAGCGAGUGGGCUACCCAAGUCGGGUUCUCCUCCCUGGAGCUCAUUCCGCUGCUGGGAACUGCCAAAGCGGCGGUAGCGUACAAGUAG